UACGGGGGGUAGGCGUGGCCUGUGUGUGGUAAAUGCAAAUGAGUUGGAUGUGGGCGGGGGCAUGCAAAUGACCAAGGCGUGGCCUGUGGCGAGUGGGCAGGGGGCAUGCAAACGACCUGGGCGUGGUCGAACGGGCGGGAGAUAUGCUAAUGACCUGGGCGUGGCCUGUGUCCGAGUGGGCGGGGAGCAAUUAAAAAUAAACUAGGCGUGGCCGGUGUCCGAGUGGGCGGGGCAUGUAAAUGACGUGGGCGUGGUCAGCGUGAGGCGUUUAAGGUGGAGGUCCGGGCUGGAUUCUCUCACUUCUCGUGCGGGCAGCAAAGCAGCGUCCUUGAGAAACUCACGAGCUCCUGUAGGCCAUGUCCCACACGGGCGGCCUGCAGCUGCUGGGCUUUGCGCUGGCGCUGUGUGGCUGGGCAGCCGUGGUGGGCACGACGGCGCUGCCCCAGUGGCGCUACAGCUCCUACGCCGGGGACGCCAUCAUCACGGCCGUGGCGCUCUACGACGGACUCUGGAUGUCGUGCGCCGCGCAGAGCACGGGACACGUGCAGUGCCGCCUCUAUGACUCGCUCUUCUCCAUCGACGGCACCCUACAGGCUGCGCGUGCCCUCAUGGUGUGCGCCCUGCUGCUGGGUGCGUGCGGGGCGCUGCUCUGCGUGCUGGGCACGCGAUGCACGCGGCUGGGCGACAGCGACCCGGUCAGCAAGCACAGAGCCGCUGGGGCGGGGGGAGUCCUCUUCCUACUAGCAGGCGCGUGCACGCUCAUAGCUGUCUCCUGGUACGCGAGCCGCGUGUCACGUGACUUCCACAACCCCGCGACCUCGGCCAACGCCAGGUUUGAAUUCGGCUCGGCACUCUUUGUCGGCUGGGCAGCGGCCGGCCUCACCAUGCUGGGGGGCUCCUUCCUCUGCUGUUCGUGCGAGAGGAGUGGGGGGCCCGGGUACGGGCGGAGGGGGCCCCCCUCCCAGCCCUGCCGCCCGCCCUACCCCUUCAAGCCCAGCCAGCCCCCCAGUAACAAGGAAUACGUGUGACGCUGUGCUCUGAUUGGUUCAUUGUUUUCAUUCGCUGUGCUCUGAUUGGUCCAUUGUUUUUAUUGGGGUGCACUCUGUAAAAACGGCCUAGCACUGAUGAAUUACUCGUGACGCUGUGCUCUGAUUGGUCCAUUGUUGUUAUUGGGGUGCACUCUGUUAAAACGGCCUAGCACUGAAGAGUUACUCGUCACGCUGUGCUCUGAUUGGUUCAUUGUUUUUAUUCGCUGUGCUCUGAUUGGUUCAUUGUUUUUAUUGGGGUGCACUCUGUAAAAACGGCCUAGCACUGAAGAAUUACUCGUGACGCUGUGCUCUGAUUGGUCCAUUGUUUUUAUUGGGGUGCACUCUGUAAAAACGGCCUAGCACUGGUGAAUUACUCGUCACGCUGUGCUCUGAUUGGUUCAUUGUUUUCAUUCGCCGUGCUCUGAUUGGUUCAUUGUUGUUAUUGGGGUGCACUCUGUAAAAACGGCCUAGCACUGAUGAAUUACUCGUCACGCCGUGUUCUGAUUGGUUCAUUGUUUUCAUUCGCUGUGCUCUGAUUGGUUCAUUGUUAUUAUUGGGGUGCACUCUGUAAAAACGGCCUAGCACUGAAGAGUUACUCGUGACGCUGUGCUCUGAUUGGUUCAUUGUUUUCAUUCGCUGUGCUUUGAUUGGUUCAUUGUUUUAAUUGGGGUGCACUCUGUAAAAACGGCCUAGCACUGAUGAAUUACUCGUGACGCUGUGCUCUGAUUGGUCCAUUGUUGUUAUUGGGGUGCACUCUGUAAAAACGGUCUAGCACUGAUGAAUUACUCGUGACGCUGUGCUCUGAUUGGUCCAUUGUUGUUAUUGGGGUGCACUCUGUAAAAACGGCCUAGCACUGAAGAGUUACUCGUGACGCCGUGCUCUGAUUGGUUCAUUGUUUUCAUUCGCUGUGCUCUGAUUGGUUCAUUGUUGUUAUUGGGGUGCACUCUGAUAAAACGGCCUAGCACUGAUGAAUUACUCGUCACGCCGUGCUCUGAUUGGUUCAUUGUUUUCAUUCGCUGUGCUCUGAUUGGUUCAUUGUUGUUAUUGGGGUGCACUCUGUUAAAACGGCCUAGCACUGAAGAAUUACUCGUCAUGCUGUGCUCUGAUUGGUUUAUUGUUGUUAUUGGGGUACACUCUGUUAAAACGGCCUAGCACUGAAGAAUUACUCGUCAAGCCGUGCACAAAUUGGUUCAUUGUUAUUAUUGGGGUGCACUCUGUAAAACGACUUAGCACUGUGGAAUUAUGCGGGACGCUGUGAUGUGAUUGGUUCAUUGUUAAUGGGGUGCACUCUGUAAAUCGGCCGAGAACUGAGGAAUCACGUGUGACGCUGUUAUGUGAUUGGCUUAUUAUAUUUUGGGGUUCACUCUGUAAAACGACCUAAAUGACUGAUGUCCUGAGCAAGUG